UGUAAUUGUUUAAUAGUGGCGCCUCUCGGUCGUAUUAAAUAUCUUUGUUGUUCAGGCUAAAGCGAAAGCGAACCAAACAAACGAGCUGAGUUAUCGAACAGGAAUCGGAGUGUGUGGGUCAGUCUCCAAUGAAGUGACUUCUUCACCAAAGUCUUCGCCAAAUCCAUUACUCUCCCGGACAGGUGGGCUACCUCAAGGAAAUGAGCGAUACAACGUUGCGCGAUGAUGUAGGAGUAGAUCACCUACAGGAGGAAGCUGAUGAAGGUGUCAAAGAAGAAGUUCAGGAUGUGGCUACACCUGCAGUGAAUGGCUUAAAUUUACCAGAUGACGAAAUUUCAGAGGAAAAGGAAAAUACAGAAGGAGAGGAUGCUCAGCAGCCUGAACAUGAAGAUGAAGGAACUGAUUCGCUACAAGAAGAGGGAGAGGACACUCAGCAACCUGAACACGAGCAUGAAAUAAAUAAACCGCUACAGAAAAAGGAACUGAUCCCAAUGGUAGAUGGAGCUGGAGAACAGAUUCAGCUAGACGAGGAUGGAGAGGACCAUGAAACAAACAAGACCACUAAAAAGAGCCAGUGUGAGGUGGUUGAUUGUGCCUCAUCACCAGAGACCUUAAAAGUAAAAAGCCCAGCAGAGGAACAUAUAAAAGCCGACCAUGCUGCAUCUGAUUCUUCCAAUCAGCGUGGUGAAGAUGUCAGCAACAAAACGGACACAAAGGACAAGAUCUCAGUAAAAGAGGAAGAACCUACCAAACCUUUUAAGGAACGCCGUGGUGAACGUGAUGUUCCUCAUAUUGAUAAAACAGAGACAAGAGAACCUACUAUUACAGCUCAGGACACUUCUGAGUCCAAACCUGCGUUCGUUUAUGCCUUUGCUGCUGUAGUGUUAGCUGUCUUGGCCUAUUGGUUGCUGAGACCCCAGCCCCCACCUGUGCAGAAGCCGUUCACACUGGUGGACGUGUUCCACAAAGAAAUGGACCGGGUUCAGUCCAGUUUCCCCAGCCAACGCAAAGAACUGUGGAGAAGAAGCAGGAUUCACCUGCUGAGACACCUCCAGCUGAGCCAGCCCAGCGAGCCAGUGAGCCUCAUCUUGACUUCUGGACGUGGGGCGGAGAGGACGUUGGGCUGCUUGGCUCAACAGUUAGCUGCUGCCUUUUCCACAGCUCUGAAUGCCUCAGCCCUGCACAUUGAUGGAACAAGUAAAACGACUGAAGACAGUGACCAGGUGAAGCUGGACAUUGACAAAGCACUAAGAGAGGCCUUCGAUGGGGGCAAGCAAGCAGUUGUCAUCCACCGUUUUGAGGAGCUUCCUCCUGGGUCUACGUUGAUCUUUUACCGCUACUGUGACCACGAGAACGCUGCUUAUAAAAAUGUCUUCUUAGCGUUUACUGUGCUGCUGUGGGAAGAGCUGGAAAUCCCACCCAACGUGAGCUUGGGGAUGGUGGAGGAGAGUGUUCAGGAAUAUCUAAAAGAAAAGUUUGUUUCGACAAAAAGGACAGCCACGUUUAACCAGAUGGAUGUAGAUAAGCUGAGUGGGCUUUGGAGCAGAAUCUCCCACCUCAUCCUGCCAGUGUCUGCAGAGGAGAUGAUCGAACAGUAUGGCUGCGGAGGAUCAGGCUGACUUGCUUUGCACAGAGUUGAGCAACUGAACCAGAGUUCAUGGUAAAAAGUCUUAAGGAGCCUUUUCUUCCCUUUGCUCUUUCACUUACUCUCGCUGAGUCUCUCAUCCAGACACUACGUUCUUUGUGUGUGUGAGACCGGGUGAAGUAGGCUUUUAAUUUUUUUUUUUCCCAUUUAAUUUGUGAAGAUAUGCAAGAUCAUGUGAAAACAUGUUUGCUUUACUUUAUAUAAAUGAAAAUUAAGCUUUAUGUGAGGUUAAAUCAAACUGUAAAUUAGUGUUAUAUCCUGAAACGUUUGAGAAGAAAUAUAACAGCUACUGGCUCAGUCUUUCUGAUGAAAAGACUGUGCACGGCCUACAGUCAUUUAGAUGAUAGUCCUAAGAGAUGGACCAAGCUGAAAAUAUAUAUGUUCACACCGGCCAGUCAGAAUGUUAUGACCACCUACUUUGCUAAACUCACUGUCCAUGUUUUCAGCUCCAGUGAUCAUAUACUUAUAAUAUUCUAUAAUAUGUGGCUGGUGGGUCAAUUAUUCUCAGCACUGCAUUGAUUAACACAGAUCAGCAUGGUGGUGGUGUAUGAGAUGUUAGUGUGUGUGUGUGUGUGUGGAUCAAACACAGCAGUGCUGCUGGAGUUUUUAAACACUGUGUCCACAGGAUUUACAGAUGAUACUAAAUAACCCACCACCCAAAUUAUAGCUGCUCUGUGGUAUUUUUUUUUAACAGGGUGAAAGGAGAAUAAUAAAGUAAGCAGAGACACAGAUGGACUACGGUCUGUAAUUAUACAACUCGUGUACUCAUAAGUGCUCAUGAAUGCUAAAACAUAAAUAGACAGUGAGCAUAGGAACAAUAAGAUGACUGGACUGUGUAUAUAGUAUUGUGCAAAAAUCGUAGGCUGUCUAAGACAACUGAUUGGUCAGUGGAUGUUUAAUAUUUUUUAUAUAAAUCUGGUGAAUAAGAAUCAAAACACAUUGUUAACCAACACACAAUAUACAUUUAUUUGAUGUGUAUUUAAUUUUUAAACCUAAAAGGAGCUCAGUAUUUACAGCACACAAUAAUUAGUUAAUCUUAUCAGUCCUUUUAUUACAGUAACUCAUGUAAGCUGCUGGUCGAACCUAAUAAAGCCAUGCAAUGACUGGACUGAGAUGGGAAGGCAGUUAGCAGCCCAAUGUUCUUUAAACUUUGUAUUGUUCUGAUCAGUAACCUCAAUGAAGCAUAGAAACAACGCAUUCUAAAACACUGUACUGGUUUGUUUGUAUUUACUCUGUUAAAAUUAUGUUUUUCCAAUUUUACUAGUGACCUACAACUUUUGCACAGUACUGAAUGAUGCAUACUAUACACUGAGUAGCCAUAACAUUAGCCCCACCUGCCUAAUAUUUAAUAGACCCCCCUUUUUUGUCAGAACAACAGAUGUAAAUGUUUAAGACAUGAACUCUACAAGAAGAUAUUGUCUUUUAUUAGGCACAAAAAAUAAAUCAUAGAAAAAAAAUAUUUUAUUUUUCAAUAUUGUGCAGCUCUACUCUAGAUAAAGAUAAUCAACAUUUUAUCACUUAUUCUUAGUGGUCAGUGGUACUAAUGUUAUGGCUCCUUGGUGUAUAUAAAUACUAAGCUCUUAGCUUUGAUCAUGUCAACAUAUAUUCUCCAUCAUUGAUUAGGCUACAAUUAUUAUACAGAAGCUCAUUACCAGAUGCUUGCUUAAAACAAGCAUUAAUCACAAAUAUGCAUAUAAAUGCAGCUUUACAUAUUAGGUACUACAUUAUGUGCCUUAAAUAAAUGCAAAAAUGCUUCACAGCUUUGUGUUAAAUACAUAUUUUGCAUCAUGAUCAGUAGCACUAAGGGGUUGCAUAAUAAAGAGUGGAUUUUUCUGAUGUGAUUUUUAAUGAAGUCAAGAUAUGUGUGAUUUAUUCCGUGAGCAAGUUGUUAUAAUUUAAUAACCUGAGAUUACUAUCUGGAUCUCAGAAAGCUCAGUUGAUAUGGAUUAUCAUACUCUUUGUUUAUUUGGGAAAAGGGGAAAUGUGUCCCAGUUUUACAAAUAUCAGAUAAUUUAUUUGAAAGGUCAAUAAAGUUUUAAAAGUUGAUGCUUA